AUGUCUUCCCCUUCCACUUCCAAUCUCUCAGCACCUAGACGUAUCCCUACGACUACUUUCGACUCCAUCCUACCACCUGAAAAGAUCUCCACCUGGGAGAUGGAGGACGCGGCCGCGAAGAAGAAGCGCUCCUCCGCGGAGCUUGCUGCCUCGGCAAAGUCUAAGGCUGGUGCUACCGUGAAGUCGGCCUUGACCAAGGCUGAUCAGUUGAAGAAGGCAGUAAGCACGGCGAAAGCGAAGCGGGAUACUGAUAAGCAGAUCAGGAAGGCUGAGAAGGAACAUCAGAAGGCAAGCGGCUGA